UUACGCUCCUAACAAGUAUAGCUUAAUCUACCAAAGACGACGACUCCUACUUCAGUUGCACUCGAAACACUCGUUGCUCGAAGUCGAAGUCGUCGCUUGCCAAGUGCUAUUCUUCCCAUCUUCCUUCUGCUUCCGCAUUUAUCGUUGCAGGAAUGGCCAGAAAACUAGGACAAUUACUGGCGCUACUUUUCUCUGUUUCGAUCUGUGGAGCCGUUACGAUUCCUGGCCCAGUCUCCGAUGCUCACCGUUCCGCCGCGUCGGAGCUCUUCGAUGGAUCCUUUUCGAGUUUAGAAGAUGCCUAUGAGGCCCUGAGAGUUUUUGAGAUUCUUGCCGUUGGGAAUAAGCCCGAUGUGAGUGCAGCCACUUGUCAGAAAGUAGUGGAAAAUCUUGGGCCUUCAUCCCUUGUGAAGGAUUUGUUCUAUGCGUUAAAGGUUAAUAGCAUAUUAAAAUGCAAGGUUAACGGAGGUGUUUUCAAGGAUGUUGCUUCAAGACUUAAAGCCGCUGUCAAUGAUGCCAGUACUUUGGUUGACAUGUACUAUUCAAUAGGAAGUUUGGUUCUUACAAAGGAUCAGGCUUCUGAUGUUGAUGUGCUUCUUACUGAUGCUGAUGGGACCUUCCAUUCAAUCAAGGCUCUGAGCCAAAGUGAUGGAAGAUGGCGCUAUAGUUCUGAUAAUCCAGAGUCUAGUACUUAUGCUGCUGGAUUAGCACUCGAAGCAUUGGCUGGAGUGGUCUCAUUAGCAUCUUCUGAAAUUGAUCAGUCUAGGGUGAAUACAGUGAAAAAUGAUAUAUUGAAGCUUUUUGAUAGCAUUGAGAAAUAUGAUGAUGGAACUUUCUAUUUUGAUGAGAAAUUUGUUGGUGGACGUGAGCAUCAGGGUUCUCUUUCCACAACUUCUUCUGUUGUUCGAGGGGUUACAGCAUUUGCUGCUGUAACUUCUGGAAAAAUAAAUCUUCCAGGGGAUAAAAUAUUGGGUUUAGCAAAAUUUUUCCUAGGCAUUGGAAUCCCAGGAGAUGCCAAGGACUUCUUCAAUCAAGUUGAAUCAUUGGCUCUUCUAGAGAACAACAGGAUUUCCAUCCCAUUGGUACUGUCACUUCCUGCAACAGUUUAUUCAUUAUCCAAAAAAGAUCAGCUCAAGGUUAGGGUAACUACAGUAUUCGGUUCAGCUGCACCACCUUUAACAGUUAAUCUUGUCCGAGCUGUCCGCACUGAUGCUAAAGAUUCAGCUAUUAUUGAGAAUAAGGAGCUCCAAUAUGAUAAAAAAAAUGGAAUUCAUGUCUUGGAAGUUUUCCCAGAUAAUGCGGAUGUGGGAGCCUAUGUGUUUGUUUUUGAGAUUGUACUUGAUGAACCUGCUGGUGAAAAAGUUUAUGCUACUGGAGGCCAAAUUCAUGUACCAAUAUUUGUCACUGGCAUUAUUAAAGUCAGCAACGCAGAAAUUGCAGUUGUUGACAGUGAUCUUGGAAGUGUUGAAAACCAGAAAACGCUAGAUUUGGCUGGAAAUGAUGUUGUUUCGUUCUCAGCUAACCACUUACAAAAGUUGCGCUUUUCUUUCCAAUUGACAACACCUCAUGGUCAUACUUUCAAGCCUCACCAGGCAUUUUUCAAUUUGAGGCAUGAGACAAAGCGUGAACACAUCUUUGUGGUUGGAAAUACUGGCAAGAAGUUUGAGAUUAUUCUUGAUUUUCUUGGUUUGGUGGAGAAAUUUUAUUACCUUUCAGGCAGAUAUGACAUUGAGCUGACAGUUGGUGAUGCUGCCAUGGAAAACUCUUUCUUAAGGCCACUAGGUCAUGUUGAUUUAGAUCUUCCAGAAGCACCUGAGAAAGUGGCCCGUCUUCCUCCACUUCCUGUUGAUCCUUACUCAAGAUAUGGGCCCAAAGCUGAGAUAACCCACUUAUUCAGGGCUCCUGAAAAGCGACCACCCCAGAAACUCUCUCUUACUUUCUUGAGUUUGACCCUCCUGCCAUUUAUUGGCUUUUUGGUUGGGGUGUUACGCCUGGGGGUGAACUUGAAGAAUUUUCCUUCUUCAGCAGUACCUGCUACAUAUGCCAUCCUAUUCCAUCUUGGCGUUGCUGCAGUUCUAUUGCUUUAUGUACUUUUCUGGUUGAAGCUGGACUUGUUCACUACACUCAAAACUCUAGGAUUGUUGGGAGCUUUUCUGAUGUUUGUGGGACACAGAAUUCUUUCCCAUCUCGCUUCAACAUCAUCCAAGUUGAAGUCUGCAUGAGUGAAAAAAAGGAAGAUUUCUCAUUUAUGAAGACAUGACAUGAUAAUGUGUUUUUUUAAUAUGGUACUAAUCCAAUUUUGUAGGACUUUGUUGUACUAGUUCGUAACAAAUUUAGAGCUAUUUAUCAAAAGAGAAAAAAGUUUUAUCUUCA